GUGAGGUAGUGACAGCGUCGUCCAGGCCCGCGCUGACUCCGUGCUGUUCGAGGAGCCUCGCCGGGCGGGCUGGUCUUGACCACCUCGGGCUCUGCCGCCGCCAUGGGGCCGGGCUGAACUUCCCGCGGGCGGAGAAGGUGCUGCGGCCGCAGAUGGAGGGGGCCGGGGAGCCGGGCUCCGAGGCGGAGCUGGGCCCCGACGCGGUGCUGCGCUUCCUCGCGGAGCGCGGGGGCCGGGCCCAGCACGCCGAGCUGGUGCAGCACUUCAAGGGCUGCUUGGGCGGCCCGCCGGAGCAGCGCGCCCGGGCCCGCGCCCACUUCAAGGAGCUGGUGAACGCCGUGGCCACCGUGCGCACCGACCCUUCGGAUGGCGCCAAGUACGUGUACCUCAAGAAAAGGUUCUGUACGGGGACCGCUCAGCCCGAAGCCGCGGGUGUCGGGGACCCGCCCCGCAUUGAGGUGACUGCCGAGCCCGAGGCCCCGGAACCCCCUGCCGAGCCGGGCGACCGCGCUCCGGGUCCCGAGGCGCCCCCCGCACCGGGCGGAGAGCCGAGUGAUGGGGAACCUUCGGCCGCCGCUGAGGGAGCGUCCCUGGGCGGAGAGGACUUGGGUGGCGAGGUGCUGGCCCCGGCCCCCGGGCCCCUCGAGGACCUGGAGCCCCCGUCCCACAACUACCCGGAGGCGGACGGAGCCAGCUGUCCCGGGGGGCUCACGACCUCGAGGUCCCUUCGCCAGAACUUCCGGGACUUGGUGAUGGGGCACUCCCCCCAGCUGAAGAGGAGCGGGUGUCCCGGCAGCGGCAGCCAGGGGAGCCUCUCCGGGGGAGGGCGCAGCCGAGGCGGGGGAGACUCGGACAGCGCCUCGGUGGCUUCCUCAUCGGCCGAGGAGGAGAGCACCGGCGCAGGCUCGGUGACCCUGGAUCCCCUGGAGCACGCCUGGAUGCUGUCUGCCUCGGACGGCAAGUGGGACAGCCUAGAGGGACUGCUCACCUGUGAACCUGGCCUGCUGGCCAAGCGAGACUUCAUCACCGGCUUCACCUGCCUGCACUGGGCCGCCAAGCACGGCAAGCAGGAGCUCCUAGCCAUGCUGGUCAACUUCGCCAACAAGCACCAGCUGCCGGUGAACAUCAACGCCAGGACGAGUGGGGGCUACACUGCCCUGCACUUGGCCGCCAUGCACGGGCAUGUCGAGGUGGUGAAGUUACUAGUGGGUGCCUACGACGCGGACGUGGACAUCAGAGAUUACAGUGGGAAAAAGGCCUCUCAGUACUUGAGUCAGAGCAUCGCGGAGGAGAUUAAAAAUUUGGUGGGAGCACUGGAUGAGGAAGACGGUGAGAGCACCGCAGGCAGCGGAGGUGGGCGUUGGAGACUUUCGAAGGUACUCCCGUCUCAUCUUAUUACCUACAAACUUUCUCACGCCCUGGAGGAUGGGGUAUCCGAUCAUCACCACCAUCACCACCACCACCACCAGGCGGAAGGUUGGCCCGGAGGAAAAACAAAAGAUCCAGGUCGCAAAUCCUCUGGCAGUUCUAGUGGAAGGAUAAAACCCCGACUCAACAAAAUCCGCUUCAGAACCCAAAUCAUCCACACCACACCCUCUUUCCGAGACCUGGAGCAGCCCUUGGAGGAAGGAGAGGAGGAAGAGGAGGAAAGGUCCCUUAAAGGCCACUCAUCCUCCUUCAAAUUGAGGCCAAAAUCCAAUGUAUUUGGGUAAAAAUAAUAAUAAUUUAAUACUACAGCUUGCUUGUCUUCACUCUAGAUACUAAGUGUAGGUAAAGAUAGUGCGACCAAAAGUCCGAGGCCAAAUUAGACCUUCAAUACUGUAAAGUUUGGAAUGAGUGGGUAGGAAUUCCCUUAGGAGUAGCUUUCUGCUCGGAAAGUGGAUUUGUUUUUUUCUGGGAAGUGCUUUGACCUGUGCCUCUUCCUCAUUCCACCCUAGAGACCUUGAAGUCAUUGUCCUGGAGUGUAUCUGUUUAGACACUAGAAAUCUAAACCGAUGAGAAUUGAUGACCGAGAGUUCCUUCGCUUAACCAUUACAGAUAUUUAGUAUAAACAAAGUAACAGAUGUAGCACUUUUACAUAACUUUUCCGAGAGCAAGAAGGGGAGAGAGAAAGUGAAUGUUAAUUGUGAUGAAGCUUGCAGAUUUUAAGUGUGAACCAAAUUGUGUGCUACCCUGUUAGUGUUUUCCCCCACUAGUUGGCAUUUGCUUAAGAUACUACUGAAGGUCAUCAAUUGGAAUGCAGAAGUACUAAUGAGAGCAGGUAGUAAUAAUGUGAAUAAUAUUGGAAUCCUGUUUGUAUUGUAAGUAGUUCGGUUGCCUUUUUAAUUUUUUUUAGUUGCUGUAGUCUUACGGUACAUUACAAAUAAUGGCACAAUGUUUUAUUUAAAGAAAAGAACAUAGCAGCCUGUGGUACUUUCACAUAAACUAUUGUCUCUCUUGAUUGUUUUUAUUGUCUCUAACUUGUUUUGCUAUUAUAAAAGUCUUAACUUUGCUAAGGUUUUUAUUCGAGCAUCAUUUAAACCUUGGCUUGCUUUGGUAUAACUUUUAGGUGCUUAGACAGAGGUAUUUGGUAGAAACCCUUGCUGGUUUAGACAAUUAGUGAAAAUUGACACAAAUAUUAGUAAGCCUAUGCUUCUGUGAAGUAAUCAUUAAAUCAACUCAGUGAUUCUCAUGUAAGUUACUUUUAAUUUUAUGAGUACAUUUAGUCUUACGUUUUGUAGCAACAUUUGCAAGUGUUUUAAAUUCCAAAUCUUUUAAUUUCCCCGUAUUUCUUGUAAUUAUCUCAAGGAGCUAUGAUAUAGUUACUGGGUAGUAAGUUUGCCCAGUUAAAACUAGCACUUUAUAAGAGGAAAAGUAGAUGGGAUUAUGUCUAUAUUUAAAUGCUGCUAGCUAUUGAAUUUUAUUAUAUAUAAGUGAAAGAAUGUCAUUCAUUAGAACCUUGUACAGUAUGAUUCUUAGUUACAUUUCAUUCUUGUUAGAGUGACUUGAUCAUUAUUUUAAAAUGUAACUAGCGUGUUACAUCUUCUGUGACAAGAUGAGAAACUUUUAUAGGAAAAAUAACUUGUCUUGCCUUUUUUUUUGGUCAAAUUACUGAGUUCUAAGUUGCUAGGGUCUAUAUGGUAGAUUUCACAGAGGCACGGCUUUUGAUUCAUAGAUCUUUAAUUUUCCAGCUCACAGAAACUUGUAACGAGUUAGUCAUAUCUAGAUGAAGGCUAAAUUUGUUUAAACCUGGAUGAAAGUAUAUAAGCUAUUAUCUGUGUGCCUUUUAGGAUUUGUGUAUGUUUCAGAACCAUCUAAAGAUUGUGCUGAACAAUAAAUAUUAAUCCUUUGUAACCAGUUGCAUAAAAUCUAUAAUUUGUUAGAUCUUUAGAUACAAGUAUACUUAACUUGCAUUUCACAAUAGAGGUGCCAACUUUAUAACAGGUUGACUUUUUUCUUUCUUUCUUGUGGUGCUGGUUAUUGAACCCUCUGGCCUUAAGUAUGCUUGGCAAGCUCUCUACCACUCCAGCCACUCCCUGCCCUUUUCUGUUUUUGAACCACUACCUUUGUUUGUGCUGGCCUCAAACUUGAGAUCCUCCUGCCUCCACUUCUAGAGCAGCUGAGAUUUCAGCUGUGCAUUCCCAUGCCUACGAGGUUCAACUUUUCCAAUAAGAUGUUAAAUUUUCAAGUCAUUCCUAAGAAUAACUCCUGGCAUUCCCGGUCAUAACUUGCUAUGUGGAGUAAGUGUAACAUUUUCAACUUUCUUUUUUGUUUUUGUUUUUGUUUUUUUACUUUUCAAAUCAAGAUUAU